CCAGUAUUUAUUUUGGUCAUUCCCUCCUUCCCUCAUCUCUUCCCUUCCCCCUCUCCUUUCCCCUUCACUUUCCUUCAUCCUCGUUUGGUCAGUUUUGGUCACUCAACUGUUUCCUCCCUUUUUCCCCUCAAUCCCCCCUCCCCUCUCAAAGGAAAAGGGGGAGGUGACUGACCUAAUUCCUUUUUUCCAUCACUUUAUGGGAGCAGCGCCAGCCGCCACCAUUCUUCCACUGACAGACACUGUCACUGACCUAGUACUCUCCUUUAUUCAUUUCCCUUUAAAAUAUCUUCUCUCCGCACCAGCCUCCACCGGUCUGCCAUCCAUUGCCGGUCACUGUCCGCAACAAGCUGAAAAAUGGAAUAGCCAGCGGCGACAACAACCACGAGGCUUUGGAAGAAAAUUAGCGAGGAAUGGAGACAAUAAAUAAAUAAACAAUUUUCUGUCAAAAGGCAAAAGGAACUUUAAUUUCCCCCUCACUCUUUU